AUGGCAAAUCAUCCUUUGACCCACUCUCACUCUUUCCGCGAGAGGGUUGAUGAAACUCUUGCUGGUCACAGGAAUGAAAUUUUGGCCCUUCUGUCGAGGCUUGAAGCCAAAGGCAAGGGAAUCCUGCAACACCACCAGGUCAUUGCAGAGUUUGAAGAAAUCCCUGAGGAGAACAGGAAGAAGCUAAAAGAUGGGGCUUUUGGAGAAGUUUUGAGAUCUACACAGGAAGCCAUAGUGCUGCCACCUUUUGUUGCUCUGGCUGUUCGACCAAGGCCCGGUGUUUGGGAGUAUCUGCGUGUGAAUGUGCACAUGCUUGUUGUUGAUGAGCUACGCCCUGCUGAGUAUCUGCGUUUCAAGGAGGAGCUCGUCGAGGGAAGUUCUAACGGCAACUUUGUGCUUGAGUUGGACUUUGAACCUUUUAAUGCGUCUUUCCCUCGUCCAACUCUCAACAAGUCCAUUGGGAAUGGCGUUGAGUUCCUCAAUCGCCAUCUUUCAGCCAAACUCUUCCAUGACAGGGAGAGCAUGCAGCCACUGCUUGAAUUCCUCAGGCUUCACAGUUAUAAGGGCAAGACUAUGAUGUUGAAUGACAAAGUUCAGAACCUGAACUCUCUCCAACAUGUUUUGAGAAAAGCAGAAGAGUUUCUAACUUCGGUUGCUCCUGCAACGCCCUACUCAGAAUUUGAAAACAGAUUCCGCGAGAUUGGUUUGGAGAGGGGUUGGGGUGACACCGCCGAGCGUGUCCUCGAGAUGAUCCAGCUUCUCCUGGAUCUUCUGGAGGCACCUGACCCUUGCACCCUUGAGACAUUCCUUGGAAGAGUCCCUAUGGUCUUCAAUGUUGUUAUCCUUUCGCCUCAUGGUUACUUUGCCCAAGAUAAUGUCUUGGGAUACCCUGACACUGGUGGACAGGUUGUUUACAUCUUGGAUCAAGUUCGUGCCUUGGAGAAUGAGAUGCUCAACCGCAUCAAGAAACAAGGCUUGGAUAUCACCCCUCGUAUUCUCAUUAUCACUCGUCUUCUCCCGGAUGCAGUAGGAACUACCUGUGGCCAACGUCUAGAGAGAGUAUAUGAUACUGAAUACUGUGACAUUCUCCGAGUUCCUUUCAGAACAGAGAAAGGAAUUGUUCGCAAAUGGAUCUCAAGAUUCGAAGUCUGGCCAUACCUAGAAACCUACAGUGAGGAUGUUGCUAUUGAACUUGCUAAGGAGUUACAAGCCAAGCCAGAUCUGAUUGUUGGUAACUACAGUGAUGGAAACAUUGUUGCCUCUUUGUUAGCACAUAAAUUAGGAGUAACUCAGUGCACCAUUGCUCAUGCUCUAGAAAAGACCAAGUACCCUGAGUCUGAUAUUUACUGGAAAAAAUUUGAAGAGAAAUAUCACUUCUCAUGCCAAUUUACUGCUGAUCUUUUUGCAAUGAACCACACAGACUUUAUCAUCACUAGCACCUUCCAAGAGAUUGCUGGGAGCAAGGAUACUGUUGGACAGUACGAGAGUCACACUGCCUUCACCCUUCCUGGACUUUACCGAGUUGUUCACGGUAUUGAUGUCUUUGAUCCAAAGUUCAACAUUGUCUCUCCCGGAGCUGAUAUGAGCAUAUACUUCCCAUACACUGAAACUGAACGUAGGUUAACAAACUUCCACCCUGAGAUUGAAGAGCUUCUUUACAGCACAGUGGAGAAUGAAGAACACAUAUGUGUGUUGAAGGACCGCAACAAGCCAAUCAUCUUCACCAUGGCAAGACUUGACCGUGUGAAGAACAUCACAGGACUUGUUGAGUGGUACGGCAAGAAUGCGCGCCUCCGUGAGUUGGUGAACCUUGUCGUUGUUGCUGGAGACAGGAGGAAGGAGUCCAAGGACUUGGAAGAGAAGGCUGAGAUGAAGAAGAUGUAUGGCCUCAUUGAGACAUACAAGUUGAAUGGCCAAUUCAGAUGGAUCUCCUCUCAGAUGAACAGAGUGAGAAAUGGAGAGCUCUACCGUGUCAUUUGUGACACAAGGGGUGCCUUUGUGCAGCCUGCAGUUUAUGAAGCCUUUGGGUUGACUGUGGUUGAAGCCAUGACUUGUGGAUUGCCAACAUUUGCCACAUUCAAUGGUGGUCCUGCUGAGAUCAUUGUGCAUGGAAAAUCUGGAUACCACAUUGACCCCUACCAUGGUGACCGUGCUGCCGAGAUCCUUGUCGACUUCUUUGAGAAGAGCAAUGCAGAUCCAUCUCACUGGGACAAAAUCUCCCAGGGAGGACUCAAGCGUAUUCAAGAGAAGUAUACAUGGCAGAUUUACUCUGACAGGCUUUUGACACUCACCGGUGUCUAUGGCUUCUGGAAGCAUGUCACCAACCUUGAACGCCGUGAGAGCAAACGUUACCUCGAGAUGUUCUAUGCUCUCAAGUACCGCAAAUUGGCUGAGUCUGUACCCCUUGCCAUUGAAGAGUAA